GAAAGGCAGGGUGAGGGAGUGAGAAAGAGGGGAAACGCGGCGGCUGGAAGUUUUGAACCUGUGAUCACUGUAGCUGGUGCGCAUCCAGAUCAGGGGUUCUUCCGACAAGCAAGGGCGAAGGAAAUUCCAGCGUCUGGAAUGCUCUAAAUUGAAAUGAUUUUUGUUUCUAUAAAGGAGGGGCUGUUGGUGACAUUUUCUUAUUUUGGAAGGAAGCAUACAUUUAUAGGAAGGGGCAAGAAAACAGGCACUAUUCUCCCUGGCUGAGGAUUGAAGUUCAGUUGUUAUGUGGAGUGCCGGGGUGUUUGUCCUACGCACAACAUAUUGCGUGACUGAAGAAGUAAGGAUUUAAUAGCUUUGAUUGCAAUGGCAGUGAACCACACAAGGACAAACUAAAAGUGGACCACAAAAAGACUACUGCCAGAAGUGACGACACUCCUUGUUUUAAAUGGUGCCUGGACUACCAAUCAGAGAUCUCCGCUUAGUUCUUUUGGAAGUACAACCUGUGCUUGGAUUAUCGCCUUCCCUUCUGGAGUUGGAGUUCUGGUGAGGAUCUCCAAUUCCUAUUUCAUCUGGAUCCGUGAGUGGCGGUACAUUUUCGGAUCGCCAAGUGGGUCCUUUUUUGGGGUUUGUAUGUCUGACCAGAGAUGAUUCGCUGCGUGUGCUGGUCCUGAGCUGCCCUGUCCUGAGCCCUGGCCUGUGGGACCCCGUGACCAUGCUGACCAAGCUCCCGGAGCCAGCCAGAGCAGAGACCCAACCCGCGCCAAGGCUAGCUACCCCAUCCACAGCAGCAUGUCCCAGCCAGACGCGGCUCCGUUGGUGCCGAACGGCUUGGGGCCCGGGGAGGGUAACGGGGCUCAGUUGCGCUGGGCAGCCCUGCUCAUGGUCAUGGUCAUCAUCCCCACCAUCGGGGGCAACAUUCUGGUCAUCUUGGCUGUGUCUCUGGAGAGGAAGCUACAGAACGCUACCAACUACUUCCUGAUGUCACUGGCAAUGGCCGACCUGCUCGUGGGACUCCUGGUGAUGCCCAUUGCCUUGGUCACGGUGCUGUACAAUUCGGGAUGGCCUCUCCCUGACUUCCUCUGCCCCAUCUGGCUCUUCCUGGACGUCCUGUUCUCCACAGCAUCCAUCAUGCACCUGUGUGCCAUAUCACUCGACCGCUACGUCGCCAUCAAGAAGCCCAUCCAGCACAGUCAGUACAAGUCUCGGGCCAAAGCUAUAGCCAAGAUUGCAUUGGUCUGGCUAAUAUCCAUCGGUAUAGCGAUCCCAAUUCCUAUCAAAGGCCUGGGGAACAUGCCAAACAACGCCACCUUUAACAGCAACCACACCUGCCUGUUGAAGCCCGACAGCUUUCGAGAGUUCAUCAUGUUUGGCUCCCUGGCAGCCUUUUUCAUCCCUUUAACCAUCAUGAUGGUCAUCUACCUGCUAACCAUUCAGGUGCUGCGCAAGAAAGUCUACCUGCUCAGGUCAAAGGUCACCCAACGCUUCACUCGUCCAACCGUCUCCACGGUCUCCCAGAAGGAGCAGCCCAUACCCAUGGUCGGUUCACCUGCUGACAAGCUGGCCAUGCUGGAGGGGCUGAGGAGGGAGAAGAUUCCGGGGGGAUCCAAUGCUAGCGCCAACCCCAACACCCCCUUCAUAUGCGAGGACAUGCCCGUUCGCCGCAUGUCCACGAUGGGCAAGAAGUCCAUGCAGAACCUUAGCAACGAGCAGCGGGCCUCAAAAGUGCUGGGCAUCGUCUUCCUCCUGUUUGUGGUAAUGUGGUGCCCCUUCUUCAUCACCAACGUCACCUCAGUGCUGUGUGCCAGCUGUGACCUCAACGUUAUCGGGCGUCUCAUGGAGAUCUUUGUGUGGGUGGGCUACGUGUCGUCGGGCAUCAACCCGCUCGUCUACACCCUGUUCAACAAGACCUUCCGCCAGGCUUUCACGCGCUACAUGACCUGCAACUACAGUAGCACGGCCGGUAACGGGCCCGACGGGCACACCCCGGUGCGGAACGGGCGACGGAAUUUGACCCGGAUCUCUUUCCGUUCCUCAAUGGCGGAGAACUCAAAGCGGUUCAUGAAGCGGGGGAUGAAGAACGGCAUCGGUCCGGUAAAUUACCAGAGCCCUCUGAGGCGACGACAAGCACCCGUCCAGUCUUCCAGCUGUGUCGUCAUCGACACACUGCUCCUGACAGAGAACGAGGACUGUAAACCCGAGGAGCACGUCAGUUAUGUUUAGGGACGUGAGGAAUCGUCUAUUGGGGAGUUCACAAAGCCCACAGACAUAUAAGGGCACAACCUCUAUGAGAGGGAUAUGAGGACAGGAUACAAGAUUCAGUUUGCAUUCUUCAGGGGACACCAUGCAUCAGUUUCUGUGAAUUAUGUUUGGGCUGUAAGAGCUAAACACAAGGGAAGAAAGAAGAUUUCAGAAACGAGGGGCCCCCAGAUUCUGUACUAAACAUUGCUGAACUUUCUGUAAAUUGAGUCUGUCAGAAGGUACACUGAAGCGCUUGCCCUCAAUAAAAAUCGAAGCCGACAAAGCUUUGGUUGGAUCGUCCUUAAGGAGACUGCCAGACAAAAACUUCAGGAAUGAAGACUGACUAAACUUUCCCUGGAUACAGUGCGUUUUCUCUCUCUCAUGCUAAUCAUGACACCUUGGGCUAUUUUAAUCUGCUAUGGACAAUUUCCAUUAAGGAGCUUACAUGCUUACCUAUGGAGAGUACAAACACUACUCCCACCUUAUAAACUAAACAUUCUUCUGGCUCCACAAAACUCACGAUUCUUUAAGAGAAUAGCCUACUUACAUAAUAGAUGGCACCGAUUUUAACUGCAGGUUUUGGUAAUCUUUUUUACUUUUAUCAACAGUCGUUGUAUAGGCAAGUCUUGGAAUGUCAAACCGUUUCUGUUGCCCAGUGUUAUUACAUUCAAGCAGCUUGUUGUAUGAAAGUGUUACAAGGACAAACCCUUUGCAAAUGGGAAGCUUUGCUAUACAGACAAAUAAAAUGUAUGGAAAAGAUGGCCUUCUUAGUACCUG